GGCGCUGGCCGCGGUGCUGAAACAGAGCUCUCGAAGGAGGGAGGAAGGAGGGGCCGGGCCGCGGCGAAGAGGCGGAGCUCUCUGGAGCUCUAAGCUGGAAAGGGGGGGAGGGGGAGGGCGGUGCCAGUAGGCCUGAGACCCUGGCAGGCUGGAGAGGAGGCAGGAGACCGGAGACAGCCUGGCUAGAGCGGACAAAGGCAUCUGGACAAGCUUUCCCUGAAGAAACCAAGGUUGUGUUACUGGUCUUAUUUAUUAAUCCUCUUUCUUCUACCUUGGAGGGACCCUCACCUUGUACCCUUACCUCAGCCUCCUCCCCAAACCUGGCUAAGGAGUGACCCACUCCUAGGCCUCUGUCUGCAAAGUAUCUGGCUUACAGCCCACAGGAUCCCAGCCCAGGACCUACAUCCUCACCAUGGUGAAGUUGCUGCCUGCCCAGGAGGCAGCCAAGAUCUACCAUACCAACUAUGUGCGCAACUCGAGGGCUGUGGGUGUGAUGUGGGGCACGCUCACCAUCUGCUUCUCGGUACUGGUCAUGGCCCUCUUCAUCCAGCCCUACUGGAUUGGUGACAGUGUUAACACACCCCAGGCAGGCUACUUUGGCCUUUUCUCCUACUGUGUGGGCAACGUGCUGUCCUCUGAACUCAUCUGCAAGGGUGGCCCACUGGACUUCUCCUCCAUUCCCUCUAGAGCCUUCAAGACUGCCAUGUUUUUUGUGGCCUUGGCCAUGUUCCUCAUCAUUGGCUCCAUCAUCUGCUUUAGCCUCUUCUUUGUCUGCAACACGGCCACGGUCUACAAGAUCUGCGCAUGGAUGCAGCUGGCUGCAGCCACAGGCCUGAUGAUUGGCUGCCUGGUCUACCCAGAUGGUUGGGACUCAAGUGAGGUGCGGCGCAUGUGUGGGGAGCAGACGGGCAAGUACACACUGGGUCAGUGCACCAUCCGCUGGGCCUUCAUGCUGGCCAUCCUCAGCAUCGGAGACGCCCUCAUCCUCUCCUUCCUGGCCUUUGUGCUGGGCUACCGGCAGGACAAGCUCCUUCCUGAUGACUACAAGGCAGAUGGAAAAGAGGAAGUCUGAAGCAGCUGAAGUUCGGUCGACUGUUUCCCUGACAACGGAAAAUUAAGAAAUCGAAUUCUUCAAAGAUAAAAACUUGUUCCUUCCAUGCUUCUCUGUCCCUGACUACUGUAGAUGUGAUGUUCUGAAGCCUUUCACUAUAGGAUUAGAACCUGACGUUGAGACAAGGCCUCCUACUGUAUACAGAAGACUUUCAGGGGAAGCAGAACUGCAGUGACCCACAUCAGAGAUAUUCAGAGAGACACGGGUGGUACUCUCCUGAUGGGGCCCCAGGUCUCUUUGUAGCCCCUUUACACCAGCGAUCACUUUACCCUCUCGAAGCCUCUCUGUAAAAUGAGAGGGCUAGUGAGUCCACGUCUGGGACCUCCCAGGUCUGAGUCUCCCGCAGCCUGCCUGCCUGAGGAUACAUUUGUCUGAAGGCGCACUAGAAACUGCCACCCAGCUCUAAAGGGGCAGCUGAGGAAGGGGUUGUAAGCGUGCUAGACCAUUUCAGUGGAGGUUUGGGGAUCUUUGUUUCUCCUUUCUCACAUUUUGUUGUCUUAUUGAUGAUCGGGGUGGGUAAGGAAUGGAGGGGCCACCAGAACCUGAAUCCUUCAGGAAGUCCUAUAAAGAUUGGGUGAAUACAAGAUCUAAAAACUCAGGAGA